CUCAGCCUUGUCGCGCGGAGCUACCGUUAUCGCCCAAUGUUUAUCUCCGGUCGCUAAUGAGUCUUUAGCAAACGAGUCCCAAUAGCGGUAUAAAAAGAUUUGUGCGAGUGGGGGGGAAGGUAAAACCUGUGACCCCGGCACAGUAGAGUGACAUUCAGGCGGGAAGCUUGCGCGUGGAACACGAUGUCGGCGCAAAUAUAUGGACCACCCGAUGUGCCCGACCAGGAGUGUUCGGUCGGUCUGCUCGACGGAGCAGCGGUCACCCAUGGCGGCCAGGCGGUACGAAGAGGUGGCGCAGUCAAAAUGGUUUCUUCCUUUCUACACAAGCUCCGGCGAACCAAGGAGCCGACUGCGGAUCACAUGCAGACAAGCCUCAAGCGAUGCCUCACCACGUUUGACAUUACCUUACUGGGCAUCGGUCACAUGAUGGGUUCAGGCAUCUACGUCCUUUCGCCCUCCGUCGCCAAAAGUAUCGCUGGGCCUGCUCUGAUCGUAUCUUACAUCAUCGCUGGCAUCGCGUCCCUCUUGGCCGCCUUAGCCUACGCCGAAUUUGGUGUGCGUUUUCCUCGCGCGGGUUCCGCGUAUUCCUAUUCGUAUUUCUCCGUCGGCGAAUUCUGGGCGUUCUUCGUCGGCUGGAAUGUCGUCCUUGAGAACGUUAUCGGAAUAUCCGCUGUCUCCAGAGCGUGCAGCUCGUACAUUGACUCUCUGACACACGGGGCCAUUAAAGAGUACAUCAGUAACGUCACCGGGGAGAUGCCCGGACCGUACCUGUCUUCUCACCCAGAUUUCCUAGCUCUCCUCAUAAUCGUUCUUUACGUAGCGUUCAUGUCCGUCGGGGUUCAGGCGACAUCGUGGCUUAACAACAUUCUCUGCUGUGUGAACAUAUUUGUCCUGUUCAUUAUCAUCGGUGUUGGGGCCUACUUCGCCGACUUCAACAACUGGACCAACCCAGAGACCGGGGGGUUUACUCCGUACGGGGUCCACGGGGUCUUAGCGGCGUCGGCGUCCUGCUUCUUCGCGUACGUCGGUUUCGAUGCCAUUGCUGCCUCUGGAGAGGAAGCUGUCAAUCCACAGAAGUCGCUUCCUAUUGCGACGUUCAUCUCUAUGACGGUGGUCACCGUCCUCUACGUGGCUGUGUCUGCAGUACUGACGCUGAUGAUCAACUACAAAGAUAUCAUUCCGGACUCUGGACUUCCUGAUGCGUUGGAGGCGAACGGAGCUGUAUGGGCUAAGAUCGUCGUUAUCAUCGGUGCCUUGUGCGGCAUGUCCACUGUUCUCAUUGGAACACUGUACGCCUUGACCAGAAUCGCCUACGCCAUGGCAGACGACGGGCUCAUCAUGAAGAUCUUCGGCUUCGUCAACAAGAGGACCCAGAUCCCGCUCAUCUCCAUGUACGUGUUCUCGGCCCUGGCGGCGGUCCUUGCAGUCAUAUUGGACAUCGAGACCCUGGUGGAGAUGAUGUCCAUAGGCACGCUGUUCGCCUACCUGGUUGUCAGCGGUGGAAUAAUCAUGUUCCGAUACAAGGAGCCUUCCAGGAAGGACGUUGUUGAGAUGGGACAGGCCACCGAAAAGGUCGCUAACGGCAGUACCCACCCCGGAGAAGUUGCACCCCAGGCUUGCAGGAUCAAGCCGGCAUACAGAUUCCUUGCGCCAGUGUUCGGCAACUUGCCCACAGACAUGGUCAUCGGUCUUUGCGUAACGGGACUCAUCGGGCUGACCUUCAUCCUUGGGUUCUUUGUCCGGAACGUUGGUGACGAACUGUCCGAGGGCGUGUGGUGGGCUGUAGCGGUGACGGUUCUUCUUGUGGUACUUCUCCUUCUUUUGUUCUUCAUCAUCACCAUUCACGAGCAGUUCGUCUACGAACAACGUUACAAGAUGCCUUUUGUGCCUUUGCUGCCAGUCUUGAGCAUUGUCAUUAACGCGGCACUGAUGACAACGCUGCAGCCUCUUACAUGGCUUCGUCUUCUAAUCUGGGUAGGACUUGGUCUCACUGGCUACUUCAUCUACGGCACAACUCACAGCAAACUCAACAGCAACCCAGACGCGCAAAGCACUGUGUUAGUGAGUGACGCCUCGACGGCUGAAACUGCCAACGGCAAACAACAGAACAGCUACCUCUGAACAAAGCACGCAACAGCCGGCGACAGCUCAAGGAUCAAGCUAAACAGUACCAGAAACAUACAGGGACACCGUUGCUUGUGUCAAGCAAUGUUCCAGAAGGCCUCCGUAUUUGGCAGACGCGUCUAGUACUGUCUGUGACCUGCUGAACGCUGCAGACGUGUGUGUGAGUUCCACAGCACCGAGCAUGCAAGAGGCAGGUACAGAGAGGUCAUGCAACACAUCUCCAGCCAUGCGUUUGUAGCGUCUGACCUCGUGGUGCAUCAAUUUAUGAACGCUGCACUACGAAACUCCAUCUCUACGUCCAUCUCAGCUAUAGUCUGCACCAGUUCGCCCCCCUUUUGCGACAAACGUGCUGUUUCAGAAGGUGGUGCGUAACGGAGAACCGCAGCAAAAUAUUCUUAACUGUAUUUUCCGAGAUUUUUAGAUUUUUUCGUGACGGAUCUUCAACAUUUCAGUACAAAUAUCGGGUUAAAGUACAAAAUGCCAUCCUUGACUGUGCGCUGUUUUGUACAGGUAUAUAGACUGUGACCUUUUGUUCACACAGUGUAUAGCACCUAUGAAGUGUACCUGUAUAUGGCUGAACGUAUGCAUGCUUUCAUAAGGUUUGAAUAGUUUUAUACAUCACCGUACGUAGAACAGUUACUGAUAUACAUAUGUAAAUAGGCAAAAGACGCUUGCGUGCAAACGCGGUUUGCGCGCGGUGUGUAGGUCUGACAGACGUUCUCUCUCUUUUCCUGUCUUUUUUUUUUUUACCGCUUCAACACGGCUCUGAUUGUUUUUUAUACUAUUUAUUAAUGCAGUACAACGUUAUGUACAGUUGCCAUGCCGCGUAAACCGCAUGUAUGCGCAAUUUUUAUUGUUUUUUUUUUAGUUCUGCGUGGUGUACCAUGUGGUUGAGACAGCUAUAUAGAAAGAAUGCCAACUAAAUCGUCGAAAAGCCGCUAAAUUUAUAUAUACUUGGUACGUUCUUUCGCGUGCACGAAAUUUGUUCUAGUCCCGUGGAAGAAAUCGGACAUUUUGCAUGUCUUCUUCGAAAGGUAAUAUAGAAGAAUUUUUCUCAAUCAUGAAGCACAAAUUUGCACGAUUUUACCACUGAUAUUUUAUUCUUGUUGCUCGCGUGUUUCGGUAUUGUACGCUAUUUACGGUUCGCAAAUACUAUACUUCUAUUCAUAUAACCUUCCUUAUAUCAAUUGUAAAUAUGUAUGCACUGUGCGAAAUACAUUAGUUUCAUUUCUGUUCACCAUGUCAUCAAGAUCGCGCGAAAACUGUAUUAAUGCAUUUAUGAUGGAGCCGAAGGGACCCUUCAUAGAUGGAAACAUAUAUAGAUAUUCAUGUAUUCUGGAUUAUCAACCUACGCAAAAAAGUUAUGCAUGCCGUUACACUAGUUAUGUGAAUGACUCUAUUUUGCUGUACUAAAACGAGGGAUUUCUGUAAAAAAAAUAAAGAAAAGCGCUAUUGGCGUGUGUUUGAAA